CAUAAAAUUAAUAGUAGAAGAAGAAAGAGGAGGCGGAAACAGUAGAAGAAGAAGUUGUUGUCCGGUUCUUGUACACUUUUAUCUCUUCUGCAGAUUAAAUAUCGCCGGUAAUAACUUUAUCAUUGGUUUAAUCUUCAUGUAAAGCCAGGUUUAAUCCUCAUUUGUACAUUUGAACCGUGUAUGUGUGUUCAUGUUUGUGUUCGUGGGUUUGUUUUAGCCUGUUAGCAUCAGAGCUAACAGUCGUUUCAUCCUCAGAUCAGCUGGUUAAAAAAUGACCCGACAUGGAAAAAACUGCACAGCUGGAGCUGUUUACACCUACCAUGAGAAGAAGAAGGACACAGGUGAGGUUUGUCGUUACUCCAAUUAAAUAAUAAAGAUUUUCUGACUAAAAAUAAAAGUUUCUUGAGUAAUUUUGAUCUUCUCACAUCCACAACUGUAUAUGUGACUUUUCUCAUCUUCUCUUCCUCUUCCAGCGGCGUCCGGUUACGGCACUCAGAGCAUCAGGCUGGGAAAAGACGCCAUCAAAGACUUUGACUGCUGCUGUCUGUCCCUGCAGCCCUGCAAAGACCCCGUGGUGACGUAGGUGUUCACAUAUAAUCAAUAUACUUUCAAUACGGCAUAUUCUAUAAACUGUGUGUGUUUUCUGCCUCAGUCAGGAUGGAUUCCUCUACGAGAAGCAGGCGAUCCUGGAGUACAUCCUGCACCAGAAGACCGAGAUUGCCAAAAAGAUGAAGGUGAGCAUGUUUACAGUUUACAGAGCGACUAUAGAAGAUUAAAGUUCGUCAUUUAAUUCAGGUAUUUGUUUGUGUUUUCUUCUGCAGGCGUACGAGAAGCAGAAACAGGCUCAGAAAAGCAGCAGUCAGCUGGAGUCAAAGUCAGAGGAGAGGGAGAGGAUGGAGAGGUUCAAGAGCAGAGAGAACAGCAUCGUGUCCAAACCCAUCAACCCCUUCACAUCAGGUACACACACCUGUCCUCACUGAGCAGGUGCCUCAUCAGUUAUUUAGAGGGAAAAUGUUGAACUAUUCCUUUAAUAGCGGCACUAAAAUCAGUCAGUCUUUAGUCCGUCAGAGUGCUGCGUUCAAUGACUCUCUUUAAAUCUCUGAUGCUUCUUCCCAUAAUUAAAAACAUUCUCUUGGAGAUGAUGGCGGUAAAAGUUUGAUUAAAAACUGUGUUUCUCUCUCAGGACAGACCUCAGGAGGUGAGAAGACCCAGACAGACUCUGCUGCUGCCUCCUCCUCCUCCUCCUCGUCUUCAUCAGCUUCCUCCUCUUCCUCCUCCGCUUGCUCUUCGUCCAGUCUGCCCAGUUUCUGGAUCCCCUCUCUGACUCCAGAAGCCAAACCCACCCAGAUCAAGAAACCAGUAAGUGCCCUCUCUGAAAAACUACUCUCACCGUGACCUUUACUAUGAACACCAGUGUAAACUAUUUAAAGUUUUAAACCUGAAGAAACGACGUCCAUUAUCUGUUCAACCUCUGAAUAAGUUUAAUCAACAUGUGCCAAAGUUUUCUAUCGGACACAGACUAACGUUAAAACUGACUGAUGAUUGUAAUUCUCCUCUCGGCCUGCAGAGGGCGUCAAAUCCUCAUUUCACUGUCCGUUCAGAGUUGUUGUCCGUGUUUGAUGUCAGUAAAUCAUCUCUCUGAUUAUCUGCAGUCUCUCAGUUUGAUGUUGACUCAGUUUCAAGAGUGCACAGGCUGACCCUGGAUCCAAACAUCGAGCUCUCUGAUUGGCUGUCUCUAACUGACCCCCUCCCCCCUCUUCUCUCUGUGUCAGAGUAAAGUGGUCCUGUGCCCGAUGUCAGGACGACCCUUAAAGAUGAACGAGCUGAUUACAGUCAAAUUCACUCCACUGGACGCCAGCCUGGAUCGAGUCGCUCUGCUCACACGGCAGGUCAGUCCGAGUCAGCGCUCACAGAUGGCCAUUUUUAAAGGUCAUGUGACACCUUUAAGGUCAUGUGACAGUCUGUGCGGACACAUCCUGACUGAUUUUUUUAAUCCAAGAGUCCUUGUCUGAGUUUCAGGUGUGCUCUCUCUCUCCUCAGGACAGGUACGUGUGCGCAGUAACCAGAGACGUGCUGGGUAACAGUGUCCCCUGUGCUGUCCUCAGACCUUCGUGAGUACAGACGUGUCCUCGACCUCCUCCUCCUGUCUCAGAUGUCCUCAUGUUUAAUCUUAUGCUGUGAUAACCCAUGCUCUGUGUGUGUGUGUGUUCAGGGGAUGUGUGGUGACACAGGAGUGUGUGGAGAGGCUGAUCAAGAAGGACAUGAUGGAUCCUGUGAGCGGAGACACACUGACCGAGAGAGACAUCGUUCCUCUGCAGAGGGUACGUGAUAAAGACAUGAGAUGAGUUUUCUGUUCAACAAUAAGAGUCCAGAGUAAAACCUUUGUAUGAGACACGGAUUUAAAGGAAAAUAACUUUGGAUAAAAACUUUAAAAAUACGUUUGAAAGUUUAACUUUUCGUUCUGCAGGGUGGAACCGGCUUCGCUGCGUCUGGAGUCGACCUCAGAGCUAAAGAGGCUCGUCCUGUGAUGCAGGUCUGAGACUGACGGGAUCUGAUUUUGUCCACUUGUGUCGUUCCUCUGCAGAGCCCGAGAGGUUAAUUGUGAGACACGUGUAACACCUUUCACCUGUUCAAUUCCUCUGUUCUUUCUUUCUUUUUUUGUCAACUUUUUGUUUCUUUUAUGCAGGAAUUGUUUCUCAUUUAAAUAGUUUUGUGGAUUUUUUUUUUUACUUGUGAAAUACAUUUUACCUAAUUUAAAAGUUUGUCAUGUUUUUUGUACAGAACAAAACAUCAGACUGUGUAAAUAUUUAAACAGGCUUCACACACUAAAGUCUAAGAAGGUAAAAUUAACUGAAUCUGGUGCUUUAAGGUGAAAAAUCUCACAAUCUUAAAACACUCCCUCGCUCACUCUUCCUGUCAAUAAAGGGAUGGUGGCCUUAGAGGACAAAAAGCUCCUGUAAUGUUUGAUAUGUAUGAGUUUUCACUCGUCAACUUUUUAUUAACAUAUUUUUCAAACCACAACAACCGCUCUCCUCCUCUUCCUCUCCUCCAGUAGCAGUAACAGGCUCAUUUUCAGCCAAAACAAAACUAAACAUUCAGGUAAUUUUACACACAUUUCAACCUACAGCCUCACAGCUCAUCGUGUUCCUCCACCUUCAUGCCUCCGUAGUCUGUGAUGGUGCUGAUUCUGAUGAAGUCCAUCUUGUCGAGCAGCUCAGAGAGAGUCAGACGCCCGUCCUGGUCAGAACAGAAGGAAACAGAAACCUAAUGAAGUGAAAUUUUACACACAUGGAUCUUGUACUGAAUGUCUGUGGAAGUUUCAAAACAAAGAUACAGACACGUGGAUGACGUUCACACCUGAGUCCUGCUGGGUAGUAGUGUUUUGGAAGUGUAACACCUACAUCAUCAUGAUCUUGUGUUAUGUGUUUACUAUUAACAAGUAAAGUUUAUAUGUUACACAUUUGAUCACAUUUACAGACACAAAAACUCUUAAAAAAAACAAAAACUUUAUUCAGAAUCAAACCCAAAAAGUCAGAAACACAUCUCAGCAGAUCCUUCUCCAAGACUGAGUGACAGAAAACUUUUCAGAAACCUCCAAAAUAAACAAACACAUUCACAAAUGUUUGAAAAAUAAACAAUGACCAACUUUCACCUGCUACAUAACAAACACUCAACAAGCAUCCAGGCAAAACUCAACAAAUCAGACCAUGAAAAAGGUUUUUUUUUUAUCAGAAUUAAGUUAAAAAAAUUUUUAACUUGAAUAUUUUCUAUGUUCGGCACAUAAAAUAUGAAUAUUUGAAGAUUGACUUUGUUUAAAUUUUGAUGAUUGUGGCUCAGAGCUCAUGAAAGUCAGAGACCCAGUAUCUAAAUUAACACGGACGCUCCCUGAGAUUGUUAAGAAGUUAAUUUGAAAUACAGAAAAACAAACUUUUGUCAAGUCUGUUUGUUCAUACACUCAGUAUUCAGUCUGGGCUCCUUUAUCAGACUUCACUUUCUGAUGUCGCUGGUUAGAAAUACGGAGCUUUUUCAUGGUCAUCUUAUUUGUUGAGACGCACCCGACCAUCUACCUGACUUAUAAAAUCUGCACUUUUCCUGUCGGCUGAUUUCACGAUUAAAGUUUCACUUUCUGUUUCAGCUGCAUGUCAGUGCACGAGGGAUUUAAUCCACAGUUUGUCUGGAGAUGCAGAGAAAUGUGCACAACACAAGAGAAAGAGGAGUGUGUGUGUGUGUGCGUGUGUGAUCAUGGGUGUCACCUGUAUUCACAUACACAGUAUGUGAGUGAACACCUGAUCGGAGUGGAUUAGAAAUCAUGCAGGCACUUUAUUCCCUGGAUAACAAAGAAACACAGAACCAGGACUCUCUAAAAACUCAGUUUCCAUGACGACAGAGCAUCACAGAGGGAUGUGUCGUGCGUUCCUGUCGGCUCUCGUUGAGUUUGAUCGUCACGUUUUGAUUAAAGAAUCGAGUUUUUGUGUUCAGCUUCAAGAGAGACUGAUCUGAGCUUCACACAGAGGUGGUUUUGUUUGUUUGUGAUCAUCUAUUUAUGGAGAUAUUCGAUACUCUGAACUCGAACCGAGGACUGACCUUCCUGCAGAUUUUCAGAAUAAAACUACCUGACACUGAGACCAAUGGACCAAUAAAUAAGAUUGAAAUAAAUGGACCUUUAGAGGUGGAUUAAAUCACGUCCAUAUUCAUAAAGUAUCGAACCCUGGGUUUAUUUUCCGGUUCAGAGUGUGCACCACCUCUUCCUGCCGCUUCACACCCCGCCACAAUAAGAGCUGUGUUUUUAGAAAGCCCUGGUUUAAACCUGACUUCACUGACUUUACUGAGCAUGACCCCCCCUGCCCCACAAUCCUAACCCCGCCCACCCUCCCCGAACCCCCCUGUAACCCGCCCCUCCAUAGUUUUUGAGAUCUCUGAACCCUGUGGAGCUUCAUCAAAGUUCGUCGUGUCUCUUGGUCAAGUCUUCUCCGUAGUUGGUGGCCUGGCUGCCCACAAACAUGUUCCAGUUGGCCAGAAUCUCUUUCUUUGUUAUUUUUUCAUCCUGAUGAUCCAUCAAGAGAUUAUUGGAAUGAUUGACAGAAAGAGAAAGAGGAGAAAGAGGAGGAGACAGAGAGGAGAGAGUUAAUAAUUAAGUCACAAUUAUUCCGAUUAUUCCUCAGAGCUGAUGGACCGACUACAGCUAACCUGUCCGGCUUCAUUUUUUCAUAACGUUGAUCUGAGGGAUUUAUAAAGUAAAACCAAAGUGUGUGUGUUAAAGGUGUACCUUGUCCAUAUCGGUUUCAUGGAUCAGAUGUUUUGCUUCGUUAUCAGCGUGAUCCACCUCUCCAGGUAGAACCCACUGAGCGACCUCGUUAGCAUCCAGGUAACCGUCCUGUAGAUACAAAAAUGAGCAGAUUUGCUUUAUUUCUGGGUUUUUUUGGCGCCCUCUGGAGGCUCUAAGUUUGAUUUUCUUUUAUUUCACAGUGAAGCUUUAAACCAGUUUUCACCUGGUUAGUGUCUCUGAACUCUGCGAAGUGUUUCUUCUCCGUCGCGACCCACUCAGGCUCAGACUCCCCAUCCUCAGGCGUGUACAUGUCCCCUGUGGAGCAGCAAACACACUUCUUAGGACAGGUGGGCACCAGGUGAGGAUAAAAAAGAGGCGGAGUCAUUUGAAUGAAUAAAACACUCACCGAUAUAUUCAUGCAAGUUGAUCUUUCCGUCUCCGUUCUUAUCGAUGUCUUCGAUCGUUUCCUUCAAAAAGACAAAUUGGAUUAAUGAUCCUGAAGUGCUGGGUUCAUCCUCUGAGGAUCAUGAGCUUGUGUGUCUGGACUCAGAGUUUAAGCAGAGGUCUGUACCUGCACCACCACGUCUCUCAUGUAGUCAAACUCCUCUGGGUGGAGGAAGGCGGUGAACUCUUCUCGUGUGGCGAUGCCGUCUCUGUCUCUGUCGGCCAUCUUGAAUCGUCUCUCAUCUCGGGUCAGCAUGGCCUUGUAGGUGGCUUUGUCGUCGACAUCAUCGAACUCCUCGUCUGGAAAAAAAACCCCUCAUGUUUCAGCUCUGUAUAAAACCUCCAGCUGUAAAUAACUUUUCUUUAAAUCGCUAAAAGAGGGAAUCAGGAUUAAAUGUGGAGUGUAAACUCGUACCCAGGUAGUAUCCGUAGGUGGUGUUCUUGUACUCCAUCCAGCUGAUCUUCCCGUCUUGGUUCUUGUCGUAGUCGCUCCAGUGUUUGUUGACAUUGUCCUGGAUGUAUCUCCUCUG